GCUUAGGUAAAAAUAGAAGAUUCAGUUGUUGUUUGCAGCUAUUAACGUGCAGUUAUCGGUGAUCACAUUGAGAAUGAAACGAACGACGAGAAUGACCCAAUUUCUGUGGCUUGCCGCAAUUGUUUUACUCUGCCUUACACAAAUGGCCCAGGCGGUGACCACGCCCAAGCCCAAGGGGCUGGCACAGGCACCACAGGUGACCGCCACCACCACGACCAGCCCCACCUCAAAGCCCAAGCCAAACCAGCAACCACCACAACAACCACAGCGCACACAAGAUGCCAAAUGCCUGCAGCCACUGGAAACGGGACCCUGUCGAAUGAGCCUGGAGCGCUAUUAUUACAAUAAGGAGGCAAAUGCCUGUGAGACAUUCAAAUAUGGCGGCUGUAAAGGCAAUGACAAUCGUUGGGGCUUUCGACAGACCUGCGAGGAUGCCUGUCUGGUCAAGAAGUGACUUAAGUUCAACGAAUCCACAAUACUUCCAUGGCCAUUCUCCAAACAUAGUAAAUAAAUUAUCUAUAAAAGAGUAUAAAUUUUCUGAAAAUUCUCAAUAUAUAUA